GAGACCUACUCAUCACACCAUAAAGUCUUCCUCUCAACUCAACUCAAUCCAAAUACUUUGGAGCUCAGUUCCAUUUGUCUGCUUCCAUUUUGGUUUCCAAUAACAUAUAAUAAAAUGGCAACUUCUUUGACAACUUUUGGAGCCAUUAACAUGGCACAGUUGAAAUUGAAUGGCUCUAGCAAUGGUGUUCCUAUGACAAGUUCAUCAUUUUUUGGACCAAGUAUCAAGAAAGUUAGUUCUUUGAUUUCAAGCCAGAAGAGUUUGUAUGGAAAUUUCAAAGUGUCUGCACAAGUCGAAUACGACGAGGAAAAGCAGACCUCAAAGGACAGAUGGGCUGGACUUGCUUAUGAUGUUUCAGAUGAUCAGCAGGAUAUCACAAGAGGGAAGGGAAUGGUGGACAGUGUCUUUCAAGCUCCUAUGGAAUCUGGAACUCACUAUGCUGUCAUGACUUCCUAUGAUUAUAUCAGUACCGGUCUUCGCCAGUACAAUUUGGAUAAUACGGUUGAUGGAUUGUAUAUCGCGCCUGCAUUUAUGGAUAAACUUGUUGUUCACGUCACCAAGAACUAUCUGAGCUUGCCAAAUAUUAAGGUUCCUCUCAUUUUGGGAAUUUGGGGAGGAAAAGGUCAAGGGAAAUCAUUUCAAUGCGAGCUUGUCUUUGCGAAGAUGGGAAUCAGCCCUAUAAUGAUGAGUGCGGGAGAAUUAGAAAGUGGAAAUGCUGGAGAGCCUGCAAAGUUGAUUAGGCAAAGGUACCGUGAGGCGGCCGACAUUAUCAAAAAAGGAAAGAUGUGUUGUCUUUUCAUCAAUGAUCUUGAUGCAGGAGCUGGUAGACUUGGUGGAACUACUCAAUACACAGUUAACAACCAGAUGGUAAAUGCGACCCUCAUGAACAUUGCUGACAACCCUACCAAUGUUCAACUUCCUGGUAUGUACAACAAGGAAGAAAAUCCCCGCGUCCCUAUCGUCGUUACUGGAAAUGACUUCUCUACAUUGUAUGCUCCUUUAAUUCGCGAUGGACGUAUGGAAAAAUUCUACUGGGCGCCUACUCGCGAAGAUAGGAUCGGUGUCUGUCAAGGUAUUUUUAGGUCAGAUGGUGUCCCUAAGGAUGGCAUUGUCAAGAUUGUUGACGCAUUCCCUGGACAGUCAAUUGAUUUUUUUGGUGCCUUGAGGGCUAGAGUGUAUGAUGAUGAAGUGAGGAAAUUGAUUUCUGGUAUUGGUGUGGAGCAUAUUGGGAAAAGGCUUGUGAACUCAAAGGAGGGACCUCCAACUUUUGAGCAACCAAAGAUGACUAUUGAGAAGCUACUAGAGUAUGGAAAUAUGCUGGUUCAAGAACAAGAGAAUGUGAAGAGGGUUCAGUUAGCUGACAAAUACCUCGGCGAGGCAGCUCUUGGAGACGCGAACGAAGAUGCUAUCAAGACUGGAAACUUCUAUGGACAAGGAGCUCAGCAAGUUGCUUUUCCUGUUCAAGAAGGCUGUGCCGACCCUUAUGCAGAAAACUAUGAUCCAACAGCCAGAAGUGACGACGGAAGCUGCUCAUACAAUUUGUAGUUGAUUCUUGAGUGAGUGCAUAUAAAUAUGGAGAUUUGUAAAAGCAGUCUAAAAAACAUGUUAAUGUGUUUUUUUGAUCAUUCACCAUAUUUUGUGUAAGGUGCAUUAAUCUCAACACUUUAGGCUGUAUAUUUUGUGUUAUUGCUGGUACAUCCUGUGGUUGAGUUUUGUGA